AUGGAUAAGUCAUGGAUGCACUCGGAUAGAAGAUCGAAGGCAUAUGAGUUAGGGGUGGAAGCAUUUUUGAACUUUUCUGUAGAAAAUCUUCUAACUACAACACAUAUCCGUUGUCCAUAUGUUAAAUGUGUUAAUUUGAAAUUGUUUGGGGUUGGAAUUAUAAGGGAUCACUUAUACUUUAAUGGAGUUGACCAAAGCUAUAAGAAUUGGACAUUUCACGGAGAACCUUGGGAAGCAACUACUAAUGCUAGUAGAAAUGUUGAAGAAGAUGAUGACCAUAGUAGGUACAGUUUUGUGUCUGAAGAAAUAGAGAUGGAUGAUAAUGAUUUUGGUGAUUUUGGAUCUGAUCCUUAUGAGUUUGCCAAUGCAAAACAUGGGAUGAGUGAUGUCUGUUUUACAAAAUUAUUGAUACUUCAAGGCGAUUUGCUUCCAGAAGGAAAUACAAUACCGGCCUCUAUGUAUGAGGCAAAAAAGACUUUGUGUGCAUUGGGGCUGAGUUAUGAGAAAAUGCACGCAUGCCCCAAUGAUUGCAUCUUGUAUAGGAAGGAGUAUGAGGAUUCAACUAAUUGUCCUACUUGUGGUAUCUCAAGGUGGAAGGAAGGCAAAGAUUCAAUCUUGAAAGAGGGUGUGCCAGCGAAGGUGGUGUGGUAUUUUCCUCCAAUUCCAAGGUUUAAAAGGAUGUUUCGAUCACAUGAGACAGCUAAGAGUUUGACUUGGCAUGCUGCUAGAAAAUCAAUUGAGGGUCAUAUGUCUCAUCCGGUGGAUUCCCGUCUUGGAAACUUCUUGAUGAUAAAUGGCCCGAGUUUGGUAAUGAGCCGAGAAACUUGA